CGCACGUGGGGGCGCGGGCGGCACGUGGCGCCCGGUGCUUCCCGCCCCGGCAUGGAGCGGCGGCGCGCGCCCGCCGCCAACCGCCGCUUCCGGCAGCGCCGCUUCUGGGACGCGCUGUACCGGCGGGAGGGCGCCGAGCCCCGGGAGUGGCUGGGGGGGCUGUCCCGCUUCCUCCCGCAGCUGGAGGCCGAGCUGCGCCCCGGUGACCGUAUCCUCGUCCUCGGCUGCGGCAACAGCGCCCUGAGCCACGACCUGCACGAGCUGGGCUACACCGACGUCACCAGCAUCGACUUCUCCCCCGCCUGCAUCGCCGCCAUGCGCACCCGCUACGCCCACUGCCCCGGCCUGCGCUGGGCCGUCAUGGACAUCCGCGCCCUCGCCUUCCCCGACGCCGCCUUCGACGUGGUGCUGGAGAAGGGCACCCUCGACGUGCUGAUGGUGGAGGAGACCGACCCGUGGGACGUCUCGCCCCAGGCGGUCGCCUCAAUGCACCGGGUGCUGGCAGAGGUGAGCCGGGUGCUGCGCCCAGGGGGCUGCUUCAUCUCCAUCACCUUCGCCCAGCCCCACUUCCGCAAGCCCCACUACGCACAGGAAGCCUUCAGCUGGUCCCUGCGCCAUGUCACCUGCGGGGACGGGGACACCGGCACCUUCCACUACUUCCUCUACAUCAUGCGCAAGGGGCAGCCCCUGGACCCCAGUGACCUGGCCCUGGGACGCCGGCUGCACCAGCCUCCCCCGCCCCCUGCCCCACCACCAGCCCCUGCCCCCCCGGACGACGAUGAGGACUAUCUCCUUGCCAUCCAGCUGUGACCGGGGCAGGGGGCUUCCCCAGCCUCCCCCUGCCACCCAGUAAAGCCUUAAGCUGCUCCACCCUUGCAGGUGGGGGACUGGAAACCAGUGCAUCCCCCCACAGGCUGCCAAGUGAUGUGAGUAAUGGGAGAAAAGGGGGGGGUUGGCCUCCUCCUGGAGGGCAGCAGGAUGCUUGGGAGAUGCUGUGCCCCCCCCCCUGCUGCGGCCCUUCCCUUGCCCGGCUGGAGAGCAGCCAGGGCUCCGGGCUUUGCAGCCGGUAAUGAAACCAAAUCGGGUUUAAUUCCACCCAUCCAUCUUGUGGGGAGCAGCUCCCUCUCUGCCCCCAGCACAGGCAGGAGGCGACUGGGCUGGGGGCAGGAUGGGGGUUGCUGGCACUGGGUGCAGGGGGCAGGGCAGGGAACCCCCAGAACAGCCUCCUGGCUGUGGGGAUGCACGAGGACACUGUGUCCUUGUCACUCCCCCAGGCUCAGCCAGGCAGUGGGGAUUCCAGGCUGGGAUGUGCCAGCGCGGAGCUGGGGACGCCAUGGGCUGCGUGUGCCUUGUCCCCCUCUCUGCCCACUCCUGGCUGCAGUGACAAACCCGGUGUGCUGUCACACCUGGCCCCUGCCCGCCUUUGCCCAGGGCCAGCAGCGCGGGGACAGGCGUGCCCCCGCGUGCCACCACGGCUGUCUGCGUGCGGGGCCGGUGCGUGGGUGCUGGCGCGGUGGCUGCAGCGGACGUGCAGGUGCUACCAAGGGUGAACUCAGGGGCUGUUUGGGCACCAGUUCUCCGCCCUGGGGUAGGUGAUGCUGGGGGGUGCAGAGGGGGCUCCCUCCUCAGAGGGACAGCGGUAACGUACCAAAGCCACCAGGCUGCUGUUUCUGGCAAAAGGUGUAAGUGGGUCAGGCGGUGGCUCCCCCCGUGCUGGGAGCUCGCCAAGGACUCCGGGGUCAGCCCCCCAGCCAUGCCACCCGUCCCGCAGGCACCCCGAAAACCAGAUGGCGACAGGGAGGGACAGAAAGGAGCAGCAGCUGCCGGCCUCGCCUCAGUACAUGAAUGUAUUUUAUUCAUCGCAUUUUGUUCACCAGUACAGUGAAAAAUGGCAUUUAAAUUUACAAUGGAUCAUUCGUAGAACAUAAUGACACAAGUAUCUUUUUUUUUUUUCUUUUUUUUUUCUUGGUUUUGUUUUUUGUUUGGUGGGUUUUUCUGUUUUGUUUGUUGUUUUGUUUAUUUAUUUAUAUUUUUUUUGCGUUGUCUCGAUAAAUGCCACUUGUAGGUUAUUGAAAAAGAUGAUGAGUUUCUCAUGCACAUCAGACCCCCCCCGAGAAGCUUCUUAAAAAAUAAAAUUAAAUUAAAGUACAAAAUUAAAAACAA